GAAGAAGAAGAAGAAGAAGAAGAAGAAGAAGAUCCUCAAUGCAAUUAUUUGACGAAGCAACAUGCCCGCACAGGCAGAAACCUCACUACAGUAAUUUGAGGUUAGGGUUAGGGUUAGAGUAGGGACGGGGGGCAUGGAGCAGCGGGGCGCGGAGCAGCGGGGCGCGGAGCAGCGGGGCGCGGAGCAGCGGGCUCAAGCGGUGCUCACGGUUCGUCUGGUCCGGUCCUUCGAGCACAGGAACUUUAGACCGCUCGUAUUUCACGGAGUCAGUUUGGACGGAACGGUGCAGGACUUCGUUCAACUUGUCAGGGACGAUAUUGCAACGAGACCAGGACUUCCUCCGCCAUUCAAGACGUUCGCGUAUGAUACAAUGAAGAUUAUCCACCAAGCACAUGGAGCAAAGACUAACGAGUUGGUGAUGAGUUUGGAUGAUGAUGAAAAUCUCAUUCUGCAAGACAACCAAACCCUUAGAGCUGCUGGCGUUGCAAAUGAAACAGAAGUGGCCUUCUUCAGGAAAGAAGACUACAGUCUCUACAAAGCAAAUCCCAGAACUGCUUGGUGAUCACAGGAUUUUACUUGCUUUUCCUUUUGUUUACUACAGGUGUUAAAGAUUAAGCAUACCAGAAACAAUAGGCAAACUUCAUGUUAACGUCACGGUUUUUAUAUGUGGGGUUGUUUUUCAAAACCAAAGGAACAGUAUAUUGUCCACCACACUGGUAUGCAUUUCAAUUGCAACUACUUUCUAUUCUUUCUGGCUGUUGUGAAAAUGGACAGUCAUUUUCAGUAUAAAAAAAAACAACAUAAUAAAGUUAUUUAACAGUU